GGGAAUUGUAGGCUCGCAUGGUUUCUAUUGAAUUAUGUCCUCUUGGUCCUAUACCUUUUGCGUGUUCAUCAUGUUGAUCAUGGUUGUGCUUUUGUAUUUUAACGUUCGUGCAGGAUUUCAGCCCCUUGAGGAGUUGUAUUAUAAGACUUGGCUCCACAGUGGGCAGCGAGUUAUUAUACAGGAGAUUAUCGAGAAGCAAAAUGAGUUUAUAGAGAAUGUACUCACUAUUCAGGGCUUAUCACCAACAGGUUACUUAUUCGCCACAAGCCCACAACUGAUGAUGGUCAAACAUGGGAACUUCAUCCAGAUGGAAACAGCUUAGACUUCUUCAAGGGACUUUUGAAAAGGAAACUAGGCUGACAAAGAACUAAAUAUCCUUCAGCACCUUUCACAGGUUAUUGGUUUCGAUUUUUGGUUCCACCAGGAAGAUGAACAAUUGAGAGAGGAGUGAUCGUUUUGGUUUUGGAUUUAGAGCUUCAAACUCAGCAGCGGGUUUGGGAACGAGUAUGGGAGGAGGGAGGAAGCUUAAUUGAAGAGAGGAGUGUGAAUAUACAAUUUUAUCCACGUUCUUAACAGAAAUGUUAACUAAGGACUAUUUGUGGAAAAGAAUAUAAUAAUUGGGGACUAAAUUA